AAGUAGUCUCUCAUCAUUGACUCUUCUUCUCACUCUCAAAACAAUCAUCUGCACCCCACACACACCAGAGCUGCUGCAGGUUGUCACGCGGACUUCCAAGCUUUUUGUAGACCACGUUGGAAAAUUGGAUGCGACCGAGAUGGUCAGCUUCAGAGCAGAUUGCGUGGAAAUUUUGUGAAGGUCGAAACCUGUGAAUUGCGUUUCUCACUUCAAAGGGCAGCAGUUGACUGGUAUUUUGGGGGCGAAACGCGAGAUAAGUGGCUUUUUGGGCGGGAUGAGAGUAGUGCGGAACGGUGGAGAUAGGGAUAUUCUCGAGUUACUCCAGUUAGGAGUUUCUAUUUAUAGGAGAAGGGUUGCUUGUGGGUGAUCAAGCUAACUGCAAGUUGGAACUUCUAAGACGCGAACUCGGUUGAGCACUAAUCGAAUUGCAGUCAUCUCUAGUCGGGGAUUACUUGCUAGGCUUCUGGGUGAUCGCUUGUGUGGAGAAUAGACCUCAGAACUGCUACUUCAACUGUCAUGGAAGCUCAAGUUUUAGCGGACAAGAAUGUCCACUAUGAAGAGGACUACUUUGAGCGGCGCGGACUAAAGCUGUUUACGUGUCGAUGGCUGCCGGUACACAAAACGAUCAAGGGACUCAUAUUCCUGUGUCAUGGUUACGCUAUGGAAUGCAGCGUCUUCAUGAGAGCCACCGGCAUCCGGUUUGCGCAAGCAGGCUACGCCGUCUUCGGCAUUGACCAAGAAGGCCACGGCAAGUCCGAAGGCCGGCGGUGCUAUGUGGAGAGCUUCCAAGCGCUAGUGGACGACUCCAUCGCUUUCUUCAAAAGCAUACGAGAUCUAGAAGAGAACCAAAACAUGCCACACUUCCUGUAUGGCGAGUCCAUGGGUGGAGCGAUUGCCCUCCACAUCCACCGCAAAGAGCCCGUCGAGUGGACCGGCGCUGUUUUGCAAGCUCCCAUGUGUAAAAUCUCGGAGAGUGUGAAGCCACCCUCGAUCGUCACCUCAAUCCUGACGAAACUCGCUGGCUACAUACCGACCUGGAAGAUUGUGCCGGCUGCGAACAUUAUCGACAACGCCUUCAAAGAUCCGAUCAAGCGGGAGGAGAUUCGCGCAAACCCACUAAUCUAUCAAGGCCGGCCAAGAGUGAAGACAGCUCUAGAGAUGGUCAGGGCGAGCGAGGAUCUCGAGAACCGUUUGGACGAGGUAGUGCUACCGUUUCUGUUGCUCCAUGGCGAGGAGGACCGCGUGACAGACCCGGACGUGAGCCGCGCACUAUUCCAAGCCUCCAAAAGCAGCGACAAGGAAUUCAAGCUCUACCCGGGCAUGUGGCACGGCUUGACAGCGGGCGAGCCUGACGACAACAUCGAGCUUGUGUUCAAGGACAUAAUUCUGUGGCUCGACAAGCGCACCUGCUCCAGCGCAGGGCGAUCGAGUCCUCUCAGACACGCCGACGUCUCGGCUCUGCAAUCGGCGACGUCGUCCUCGAAGCAGCAAUCGGAGUCGGAUAUUGACACCCAAACUCACAAAUUUACCGACGAGAUCUGACACCUUCGCCGGUCCUUCCAAACCCUAUUCCCCCUUACCAAUGCCAAAUGCCAAAAACAUUGCUAGUAGGUGAUGGUAAUUUCCAUGCAUGUUUACUUGUACAAACAAAACAAGUAGAUAUAUAUUUGGAUUAAAAUUUUGGAACUAUUUGUACCAUAAUUGUAUUCACAAAAAUGAUAUAAUAGAAAUUUUGAGACGUUGGGUUUUUCAUA